AGAAAAACCUAGUUUAAAGAAUGUAAAUCAAUAGUAGAGAAAAGCACUGAAUUUCCAUCAUGACUAGACCAGAGGACUCGAGUCCUUUAGUUCCAAAAGGGUUUGGAGCUCCCAAGUUUCCUGAAUGUUGCCAGGACAAGUUCCUUGCUAACGAGGAUGAGAAUGCGUACGUACAACUAGAGAUAUUUGGAGAUCCUGCUCCUACAGUUAAAUGGCUGAAGGAUGAACUAGACCUCUGCAGUCUAGACAGGUUUAAAAGCUGGACAGACGGUAAAAAGGGAUUGGCCUUUCUCGGUGUGGAGAAUGCACAAAAGGAAGACGAAGGAAUUUACAGAUGUUUGAUAAAGAAUAGAUUUGGUAAACGUGAGCACAAGUUCAAAUUAUUUAUUGCAAGAUCAUGGCAAGAAAGAAAGGGUCCACCAAAAAGAGAGGUUCCUAUUUACUGGUCUGAAGUUCCACGCACUAAAUUUACCAAGGAGGGUUUACUAGACAAGAUCUCAUUUACCGCUAAACUAACAGUAGCAGAUAAAUCCGCUAAGUGGUUCUUCAAUAAUAAGGAAUGUGUUGACCAGAAUAAAUAUGAAAUACAAAGGGUUGGAUCAAGUUUCACAAUCACAAUCCAUAGUUUAGAACACGCAGACACAGGAUGCUACAGAUGUACCUUGAACGAGGUAGACCUGUCAUGUGAGACGUAUCUGGAUGUGCAAUUACCAGACCCGGAGUAUAGUUUCCUGAAACCUCUAGUUCCUCUAGUAUCAGGAUACACUGGUAGGCAGAUCAGGAUAUCCUGUUUAUCCAGUCAGGAUGCUCAGGUAAGCUUUAUGUAGCCUGUAGUUCCUCUA